UUUUUCUUCCAAUCUAAAUAUUUGCCCAGCUGAAUUUCUCAAUUUUAGAACUAAAAACAAUCUGAAGUAUUUAUUAAAUUAUUUUACUCGAAGUAUAAUGGCCGACGUUACUCCAAAAAGUUUUGUAGACAGUCUUAUUAAGACAAACAAAGUUGUUGUUUUCUCAAAGUCUUAUUGCCCAUAUUGUACAAAAGCAAAGGAAGCAUUAACUACUUUUAGUCUUGUACCUGGCACAAUGGAAGUUGUCGAAAUUGAAGAUAGAGGAGAUUGCGAUAAAAUUCAGGAUUAUCUUAAAGAAAUUACUGGACAACGUUCUGUUCCACGCGUUUUCAUUGGCGGGAAAUUUUUUGGCGGCGGAGAUGACACGGCAGCUGCGGCUAAAUCUGGAAAGUUGGAAGCUGAAUUGCGCGCUGUUAAUGCUAUUGCUUGA